UGCCUCUGCUGUCAAAACAGAAACCGGUAGCAGAAAAACAUCCGUGCGAUUGUUAGAUAAUUGGAAGUAUUUCAAAUUUUUAUCAGGCGAAUAUGAACGCUGUUCUGAGAAAUAUUGGAACGUAUAUUGUUCGAGGUCAGGCAAAUCUAGCGCUGACAAGAACGUUAUGCACGGCUGCUCUGGAUUCGAAGGAACUUGAUAAGAUUGUUCGAAAUAACAAAGUUGUGGUCUUUAUGAAGGGCAACCCGGAGGAACCACGAUGUGGUUUUAGCAAUGCCGUGGUUCAGAUCCUGCGUAUGCAUGCUGUGAAGUACGACAGUCAUGAUGUCCUGGCGAGUGAAGCACUGCGUCAAGGAAUCAAAGAUUAUUCCAAUUGGCCAACAAUUCCCCAGGUCUUCAUAAAUGGCGAAUUUGUGGGGGGCUGUGAUAUUAUGCUGCAAAUGCACCAGAAUGGCGAGUUAAUCGAUGAAUUGAAGAAAGCUGGUAUCAAAAGUGCAUUGACAAAUGAAUACAGUACUGAUGAAAAGAAAUAGAAUCAUCUAAAUUCGUGAAUAUUAGCUUUAAAUAUAUGUUAUGAACA